AUGAAGCAGAUCAGCAGAAAGAAGAGGUUGCAGGCCGUGAUGCUUUGCUGCAGGGCACGGCGGACGUGUAGUGUGAAGCAAGAGGAAGAGGCCCCGACAGAUGAGGUGCCAGAUGGCGACGCCUCCAAGUUCAGAGGAGGUUGUGGGUACCUGCAGCCUCGCUACUACGUGGAGGCCACUGUUAUGAUGGUGGCCUUCCCGGACAUUGACGGCCAGGAGGACAAAGCUCAAGAUCGAAAGAGGGCGAUGUCAGCGGACGAGACGCUGACGAUCUUCAAGAGAAUCAGCGACGCGGACGUGAAGCGAAUGGGCUUCGACCCGGCUUCGGGCCAUCAUCCGAAGAGCUUGAUCUUGACACACCUGGCCAUCCCUCCUCCUCACGUACGACCGACCAUCUCCUUCGGCGCCCAGCGGAGCGAGGACUCUUCAAGACCUCAGUUGUGGUAG